AUGAACUCAACGAAAGACUUCAAUGUGGCCAUCGUCGGCGGCGGUAUCGUUGGUCUCAUAUGUGCCAUCGGGCUUGCCCGCGCAGGAGUACAAGUGGACGUCUUUGAGUCCGCCAGCAAGUACGGUGAUACUGGCGCUGGAGUGGGCAUCGGGCCCAAUGCUGUCCGCGUUCUGAAGGACAUGGGGAUCAUGGACGAGGUCCGCGCGCGUUCGGAAGACAGCGCGCCGCCCACGCGUCCCUGGACCUUCAUCAUGGGUCAAGAGCCGCAUAACCUCGUGUAUGAGUAUCCGAAUACGUCGGACGAACAAGGAAUAGCAGUACAUCGCGCGGCGUUCGUCAACGCACUCGUAAGCAUCCUCCCCGACGGCGUUCAUUCUCAUCUUCGCAAACGAUGCGUCGCCGUCCGCGCAGCGUCUGACGGUAGCGAGCGCGCUUGCUUGCACUUCGCCGACGGAAGCGCUCAUGUAGCAGAUGUUGUGAUCGGGGCGGAUGGCAUCAAGAGCGUGGUGAGAACUGAGAUCUUCGGGUCGGAAGACGAGCGUCUUGUCGAUACAGGUGCUUGCGCCUACCGAGGCCAAGUGCCCACAAAGGAUCUACUGGAGGCUGGUAUCCCAGAGGAAACCCUACAGUCAGCGUUGCUCUGGAUGGGAGCAGACAAACAUCUUGUGACAUACCCCAUUAUGGAUGGGAAGCUGUUGAACGUCGCGGCGUGCCCUUUCGACUAUGCCCACAGCAUGAUACCUGCAGGUUCACAAGCAUCAUGGCCAGCAUGGGUCGCCAAGGUUCAGCCAGCCGAAAUGCUCGAUAUUUUCAGCGACUUUGGACGGAACGCUCGCACGAUCCUCGAGCACAUCAAAGAACCGACCAGGUGGUCCAUCCACGGGUUGUAUCCGCCGCUUGAGAGCUACGUCGGCGCCGCACAAGCAAAGGAAGAGGAGAAGCGGCUGGAUGGUGGGGUGAACGUCGCGCUCAUCGGUGAUGCCGCGCAUGCGAUGUUGCCGUUCCUUGGUGCGGGUGCGGGUGCAGGUAUCGAGGAUGCGUAUGUCAUAGCGAGUCUACUCGCUCAUCCACAGACUAGCCGAAAGAACCUAUCGUAUGUCUUGCGCGCGUACAACUCGGUCCGGGUCCCACGCGCGACGUACAUCGCGAACGGGAGUAGACGCGCCGGCGAGGUGAUGCACGGGCGCGGUCCCAGUGGACCAAGUGCCUCAGGACGUCGGGACGAUCUUGAGUCGCAAUGGGAGAAAGUAUGGAAUUAUGGGAUCAAGGAAGACGUCGAGAGAGCUGUCGCUGCGCUCGAGGAAGGCGGGGUAUUCGACCAGCUGGAAAUGUUCGCAGUUCCUGUACAAGGAAGCCUAUUGUGA